GAGCUGCACGCUCCGAGAGGAAUCCCCUUUCAGAACCGCCUCCGUGACCAAUGAGCACGCACAGCACCCAAGCACAUGGCAAGGCCGCCCCAAAAUAACCUGAGAGUACAGCGCUGACAAAUGUUGCUACUUUUACUGCUGACAGGGUUACCCUACCCUAGCGACUUGCCCCCAUGUUUUUUCCGGUAAACUCCAAGGUUCUCUCCGUGUGAGAGGCCGGGCAGCUGCCACCGUUAGGAUUUCCCAAGGUGGGUGCCACCGGAAGACCAGGUUUGCUGUGAGGAUUUGCCGCUCCUAGACGGGGCCAGCUGGGGGGCUUAUUAGCAUGCAGGACCACCACGGCGCCGAGCCGCCGCAGCAGCUCCUGAGGGAGAGCUACCUGGCAGAGGCCCGCGCCCAGCAGCGCCACAGUGACAUGAGCCGCUCCGACUCCAGCAGCUCCCGCCGCCUCGUCUACGGGGGCCUCAAGGGCCAGGCGGAGGAGCCGGAGGCCCCCGACGAGCGCCCGGGGCCCGACCUCUCGGCCUUCCUCAGCCAGGAGGAGCUGGACGAGAGCGUCAACCUGGCGUGCCAGGCCAUCGGACACAAGCCCCGCGAGGAGAGGGCGGCGGAGAGGAAGGCCCCUCGAGGCGCGGCCCGCUCUGCGCCGACCGCGGCGACGCCUUCCUCGGCCGUCCCCACGGCGACCGUCUGCUCAGCGCCUUCGUCGUCUUCCUUCCCCGUCGCUCCCUCUGCCUCUUCGUCUUCGUCCUUCACUGUCACAGUCCCUCCCUCCUCAUCAUCGUCCUUCACCGUCCCUCCCUCUGCACCUUCAUCCUCCUGCUUCACGGCCCCUCCUUCCUCAUCCUCAUCCUUCACUGUCCCUCCUUCUGCUCCUUCAUCCUCCUCCUUCAGCGUCCCUCCUUCCUCCUCAUCCCUCUCUGUCUCCGUCCCUCACUCUGCACCCUCCCCCCCCUCCUCCUCCUCCUCCUCCUCCUCCUUUGCCGUCCCUCCCCCCUCCUCCUCUUCCUCCUCCUUUGCUGUCCUCCCCCCGGCGGCCCCCGUGAGGAAGGAGCCCUCCCAGCCCCCACACGCGGCGGCGUUCAGAGCGGACACUAAGUCGGAGAGCGCUCCGGCUCUGGCAGCCAACGGCAUGAGCCACAGCAAGCCGCCGGGCGGGGCCCCUGCCCCCGCCCCCGACCCCGCCCGCCCGGCCAGGGGCCCCCCGGGCUUCGGCGUGGAGAACCAGUCCAAGAAGGAGUUCCUGAACAAGGCGGCAGACUUCAUCGAGGAGCUGUCCUCCCUGUUCAAGGCCAACAGCACCAAGAGGGUCCGGCCCCAAGGGUCCGGCCGCAAGACGCACAAGAGCCGCACUCAGAAGGACCCCGAGGACCGCGACCGCCCGGUCGAGGCCCCCGGCCCCCCGGAGGAGGCGGCCGUGGAGAGCCGGCGGCCGAGCCCGGGGUCCGCCCCCUACCCGCCGGAGCGGGAGGCUGUCCAACCUCUGCCCCCCCAGCAGGACGGCCCAGCGGGCGGGGCGCAGCAGACCCACGGUGACCCUCCCUCCCAGCAGGUGGAGGUGGAGGAGGAGGAGGAGGAGGGGGGGCAGCGAGAGGAGGAGGAGGAGCAGGAGCAGCCGGAGGGGGAAGCGGGGAGACCUGCCCCGACGGACCCCCCAUACUCAGAGGAGCCCGUCUGCGAGCCUCCCUGCUUCGUCCAGAAGCUGAAGAGCCGGGAGGUUCUAGAGGGCAGCAAGGUCCAGCUGGAUUGCACCGUGACAGGACUGCCCGUGCCCGAGGUCCGGUGGUUCUGCGAGGGCAAGGAGCUGGAGAACAGCCCGGACAUCCAGAUCUUGACCCUCGCCGGGCGCCACUCCCUCGUCAUCGCCGAGGCCUUCGAAGAAGACACCGGCCGCUACUCCUGCUUCGCCUCCAACUACUACGGCACCGACUCCACGUCGGCAGAGAUCUACGUGGAGGGCGCCUCGUCCACGGACUCGGAGGGAGAGCUGCCCGUUGAACACGUGCCCCGCCAAGUACAGAAAGCACAACCGCAUCCAGCCGCGCCGUCUCCCCCGGCAGCCCAGCCGGCAGCCGACGUUGGAGCCGACGACUCAGACGCCUCAAGUCAAACCACCAUCAACUCCACCACCUCCACCGCUGAGGAUCAGCCCUAUCAGCACCCCCCCGUCGGGACGCAGAGAGAGGAGUCCCCCGUCCAGCCGGAAGCUCCUCCUCCGGCCCCGGAGUGCUCCCCCACCACAGCCACACCGUUUCUGUACGAGGAGCCUUCCGAGGCCCCCGUCGCCCCCCCGCCGUGUGCCCCCGUCCCCCCGCCGGCAGAGCCCCAGGAGGAGCCGGUUCCUGAACCCCUCCCCGGGGCGGGUCCUCAGCCGCUGGGUCUGGUGGAGCUGAACCCGGCGGAGGCCUACGGUCAAGGGGCUCCGUCACAGACUCUCACCGUGGAGAAUCAGAACUCCACCCAGCUGUCCCAUCAGGAGCAAGACGUACGACCCAUCAUGGCUGCUCCCGUGUUCACCAAGAGCCUCCAGGAGGUCAGUGCCCUGGAGGGCCAGCUGGUGGUGCUAGAGUGCCGUAUGAAGGGCGUUCCGUCCCCCAGGGUGGAGUGGUACAGAGAGGGAACAGUCAUAGAGGACUCCCCUGAUUUCAGGAUACUCCAGAAAAAACCCAGAUCCCACUCUGAAUCAGAGGAGAUCUGCACGCUGGUCAUCGCCGAGGUGUUCCCCGAAGACUCCGGGAUGUUCACCUGCACGGCGAGCAACAAGUACGGCACGGUGUCGAGUCUCGGGCGGCUGCGGGUCAAAGGCAACGUCCGCGGCGGUGGCGUGGCGGUGAUGGAGUCCGGCCAAGUCCGGGAAUCUUUCCUCCCCGACGUCUCGGCUGCCGUCCAGCACCACCCCGAGGUGACCGUGACCACCAGUGUCAAGCCCCAUUCCAGCUCCGUCCGCCUGGAACCGCUCAGCUCCAGCUCCAUCCGCCUCGAACCGCUCAGCUGCAGCACCCUUCGUCUGGACCCCCUCAGCUCCAGCACCCUUCGUCUGGACCCCCUCAGCUCCAGCACCCUCCGUCUGGACCCCCUCAGCUGCAGCACCCUUCGUCUGGACCCCCUCAGCUCCAGCACCCUCCGUCUGGACCCCCUCAGCUCCAGCAUGAGCGGCAGCGUCAGCCUCCCCAGCCUCGACCCGCAGGCCUUGGGCGGCAGCUCCCGCGAGAGGAUCAGCUACACCAGCACCCCUCGCCUGGACCCCCAGUACCUGACCCCCCAGCACCUGAACCCCCCGGGCUCCGGGGAAUCGGCCCCCGAGCCCCUCGGCGUCGACCACGGUGCCCCGUUCUACCUGAAGCCCUUCGCCCCCCCGUCGGAGCCGGAGCCGCCCCCGUACCGGCCCGCCCCGCCCGCCCCGGCCGCCCCCGAGGGCCCGCCCCCUAAGGUCAGGGCGCCCCCCGCCGUGGUGCCGCUCCCCGACCCCCCGGCCAACUCGUGUCUGAAGUCGAGCGCUCCGACGAACCCCAGGGAGCCGCGGCCGAGCGCCAAGGCGGGCCUCCGCGUCACCUUCCGGCUGCCGGAGGACGAGGAGGAGGAGGAGCCGUGUGACCCAUCCGACUGGCCGUACGAGGAAGGGCUGACGGCCAGGGGGCCGCCGCCCGUGCUGACGAAACCCAAGCUGGACCCAGCUCAGCUUCAGAUCUUACGCAACCAGGUUCUCCUGGAGCAGCAGCAAGAUGGGGACUCACACUCGCACAGCAAAGCCCGACCCCAGUCUCCACCCUGGACCCAAUCCCAGCCUCCGAGCCAGUCCCAGUACCAGCCUGCUCCUCAAUCCCAGUCCCUGAGCCAAUCCCAGCCUCCGAGCCAGUCCCAAUACCAGCCACCACCACAAAUUCAGUCCCAGACACAAUCGCAGCCAGUGCCUCACACCCAGUCCCAAUACCAGCCACCUCCUCAAGCCCUGAGCCAAUCACAGCCUCAGAUCUACUCCCAAUACCAGCCACCCCCUCAAGCCCAGUCCCUGACCCAAUCCCAGCCAUUACCACAAGGCCAGUCCCAGUAUCAGCCAGCACCUUACACCCAGUCCUUUACCCAAUGCCAGCCACCAGCUCAGAGCCAGGUCCAGCCCCAAUCGCAGCCUCAGAUCUCAUCAGAGUCUGUGGUUUGGUCUCCCAGGUUGCCUCGGGAACCAACUCUGCAGCACUUCCAGCUGUACACCAACACCGCUGUAACCACACAGUCCCAGGUCCCCGUGUCAGCCUACACCAUGGCUCACACCGCUGUAACGACCUCCCAGGUCCCCGUGUCAGCCUACACCAUGGCUCACACCGCUGUAACGACCUCCCAGGUCCCCGUGUCAGCCUACACCAUGGCUCACACCGCUGUAACCCCACAGUCCCAGGUCCCCGUGUCAGCCUACACCAUGGCUCACACCGCUGUAACGACCUCCCAGGUCCCCGUGUCAGCCUACACCAUGGCUCACACCGCUGUAACGACCUCCCAGGUCCCCGUGUCAGCCUACACCAUGGCUCACACCGCUGUAACCACACAGUCCCAGGUCCCCGUGUCAGCCUACACCAUGGCUCACACCGCUGUAACGACCUCCCAGGUCCCCGUGUCAGCCUACACCAUGGCUCCUACAAUGCCAACGCUGACCUCCGGUCCGGCGGCGACUCUUCCCACCGCCCCAGCAGCCCAGCCGAACACCGUUCCCGCCCCCGCCCCCGCCACCAGCCGC